AUGUCGCCUGAAGCUUUUCAAGUGAGUCCUGGCAGAGUAUCUGACGCGGUAUUGGAGGCAUCAAAGACAAGCGCCGCGCAAACCCUGGAGAACAACCUCACCAACCUGGUGAAGAGAAACAGUGAGCUGGAGAACCAGAUGGCCAAACUCAUCCAGAUCUGUCAGCAGGUUGAGGUGAACACAGCGAUGCAUGAGGCCAAGCUCGUGGAGGAGUGUGAUGAGCUUGUAGAGAUCAUACGCCAGAGGAAACAGAUCAUCGCUGUCAAGAUCAAGGAGUCCAAGGUGAUGAAGCUGCGUAAACUGGCCCAGCAGAUGGCUAACUGCAGACAGUGUCUGGAACGUUCCGGAGCCCUCAUCACCCAGGCAGAACACAGCCUGAAGGAGAACGACCACGCUCGCUUCCUACAGACCGCCAGGAACGUGGCUGAGAGGGUUGCCAUGGCCACGGCCUCAUCCCAGGUGCUGAUUCCAGAUGUGAACCUGAACGAAGCCUUUGAUAACUUUGCCCUGGACUUUUCCAGAGAGAAGAAGAUCCUAGAGGGACUGGACUACCUGACAGCUCCCAGUCCUCCCUCCAUACGUGAUGAGCUGUGUACUGCCUCCCACGACACCAUCACAGUUCACUGGACGUCUGAGGACGAGUUCAGCGUCACCUCCUACGAACUGCAGUACACCAUCUACACCGGACAGACCAACUUCAUCAGUCUGUAUAACAGUGUGGACAGUUGGAUGAUUGUCCCCAACAUCAAGCAGAACCACUACACGGUGCACGGCCUGCAGAGUGGAACACGUUAUGUCUUCUUUGUCAAGGCCAUCAACCAGGCAGGCAGCCGCAACAGUGAACCAGCCCGCCUCAAAACCAACAGUCAGCCUUUUAAGCUUGACCCGAAGACGGCCCACAAGAAGCUGCGUCUGUCCAAUGACUGCCUGACUAUGGAGAAAGAUGAGAGCUCCCUGAAGAAGAGCCACACUCCAGAACGUUUCAGCAGCACGGGUUCGUACGGAGCAGCAGGAUCCGUCUUCAUCGACAGCGGCUGUCACUACUGGGAGGUGCUGCUGGGCGCCUCCACCUGGUACGCUGUGGGCGUUGCUUACAAGUCAGCCCCUAAGAACGAGUGGAGUGGAAAGAACUCGUCCUCCUGGGUGUUGUCCCGCUGCAACAACAACUUCAUGGUGCGUCACAAUGGCAAGGAGAUGCUGGUGGAGGCCAGCCACCAGCUCAGACGUCUGGGAGUCCUUCUGGACUACGACAACAACUCCCUGUCCUUCUACGACGCCAUGAACUCCCAACACCUGCACACCUUCGAGGUCAGCUUCCUGCUCCCCGUGGCGCCCACCUUCAUGAUCUGGAACAAGUCUGUGAUGAUCCUGUCGGGGCUUCCUGUGCCGGACUUUGUGGACUGCCCUGAGGAACACCAGGAGGGGAUGAUGACCCUGUGUCGUCAGCAGGAUUCACCCUACGUGUCGGGUAUGAAGGGCUGUCACUGAGUCCGGGACUGGGGUGACUCCCAGUCCCGGAGACCGACAAGGGCUUGGACUGGACUCUGAACUGGGCUGGGCUAGACUCACUUACUUCCUGGGUUUGUGGGCCAAUGGGGUUGAAUCUUUCUUCUCCUCAGCUUCCUACUUCCUCCUCUUCCUCCUUUUACCCAGCUUUCCUAUUUUCUCUUCAUGGAUGGUUUGUUACACUACUACUUGUCUCAGUGUGAGGAUGUGUGUUGUUGUUUAUGAUAUUUACAAAUCAACACAGAAGCUUGACUUGCAUUAUGUGACUACUAGUCUUGUAUUAUAAGAAACUUUAUUGAUCAUGAUUGAUUUGAGGAAAACAUGUUAAUUAUUUAUGAAUAAUAAGUUGGUCUGCUUUUAUUUUCUUCUCAGUCUCAAUGUAUUCAUGGGACACUUUUUGGAUUGGUCUUUAUUUCCUCUGUGUUUAAAAAAAGACAGAACAUGUAUUUGGGACAUGGUUGUUCUCGCUCUAGAUAGCAUAGUGGAUUUAUCUUCUAUAGAAAUGGGUUAAGAUUAUGACGGUUAUGCGAUUUUUAACACAGUGAAAUGAACAAAACUGACGAAUUACAAAAAAAUGACGAAAGUUGAAUAUCCAGGGAGGGAAGAGAGGAUUAUAACAUUCGAUUUGCUAUCUCGGUUUUGAUGUCAUAGCAUGAUGUGUAUUUCCUCUGUGAUUAAUUCACACUUCAUGUUUUGUUUACUUCUGUUCUGCUGUGAUAAAAGCAUGCUGCGUUAUACGAUCCCACUUCGCUGCCCUUCACUGGUUCACUUCCAGGUUAUCAUGAGGUAUUUCUUGACUCCUGACCUAUAGAAUUCCUCACUGGUUCACUUCCAGGUUAUCAUGAGGUAUUUCUUGACUCCUGACCUAUAGAAUUCCUCACUGGUUCACUUCCAGGUUAUCAUGAGGUAUUUCUUGACCCCUGGCCUAUAGAAUUCCUCACUGGUUCACUUCCAGGUUAUCAUGAGGUAUUUCUUGACUCCUGGCCUAUAGAAUUCCUCACAGUCACCGCGGAGCUCCACCCCCCCCUCCCCUCACAUCCAAUCCUUGGUCGAGGUUUACCUAUUUCCAAAAGGGGUGUGUUGUUAUUGGCCUCUGAUUUGUAUAAAGUCCCGAGACUAUGUAAAUCUGUAAUUUGUCUACCAGUUACCAUCCCAAUAUCAUAUCUCGCAUAGAAACCAUCAGAUUGCUAUUCAAGAAAAUCACAAAAACAUUUUCACCGGAUAUGGUUAAGAUUCCACAGAGAAGACCUUGUAGGUCUAUGACAUCAUCAUUAAAAAAAAUAAGUCAAGCGUUACAUCAUCAAAUAAUUAUUAUUUAUUUGGGCUUUUUUUGCUCUUUGUUUAUGGCUUUGGUGGUUUUCCUCUGAUUUAAUAUUCAGGGAUUGAAUACGUAGUGGGUCUGAUCAAGACAAUCAAUAGUAUAUUUAUUAUGCAGAGAAAACAUAAGUAGUGUGUAGCUGAAAAAACCACUGAACUAGCAUGAUGUAAUACUUUAGAUACUAAACUGUUAACUUACUGAAAACCAAACGGAUGCAUUACUUUUUUUUUCAUCGAAUUAAACGUAGUAGUGAAGAUAUUGGGAACAGACGGAGUCGUACCUCCGACGACGCCACCAUCCUGAUGCCGGUGGUUCAAUCUCUCACCACAUAGCAAGGUAUUUAGGACUUGUCCCAAAUGGCACCCUAUUCCCUAUAUAGUGCACUACUUUUGAAUGUUAAAAGAAAAUUGAUGCACUAUGUAGGGAAUAAGGUGCCAUUUAAGACACAUAUUUAGUUUUCCAUGCUAAAUGUCAUAUUUCCUGUUUGUUUGUUUUUUUCUAAGUUCCUGUUUUUAAUUUGAAAGCACAAACUAACCACCAGGCAGAUGUGUCUUUGACACCGUGAAAGUGGGAGACAGAGAGACAGACAUAUGAAUGGAUCUGUGACUAACUGGUCCGUCCUCAAGCUUCUUCAAAGAAACAAUAGCUACUUUAAGGCUGGAGUGAGUCUAUAGAGUUCCAUUAUGGACCCAACAGAACACAGUGGGUUCAAUAAUAAGAUGAGAAUGGUGAGUUCCAUUAUGGACCCAACAGAACACAGUGGGUUCAAUAAUAAGAUGAGAAUGGUGAGUUCCAUUAUGGACCCAACAGAACACAGUGGGUUCAAUAAUAAGAUGAGAAUGGUGAGUUCCAUUAUGGACCCAACAGAACACAGUGGGUUCAAUAAUAAGAUGAGAAUGGUGAGUUCCAUUAUGGACCCAACAGAACACAGUGGGUUCAAUAAUAAGAUGAGAAUGGUGAGUUCCAUUAUGGACCCAACAGAACACAGUGGGUUCAAUAAUAAGAUGAGAAUGGUGAGUUCCAUUAUGGACCCAACAGAACACAGUGGGUUCAAUAAUAAGAUGAGAAUGGUGAGUUCCAUUAUGGACCCAACAGAACACAGUGGGUUCAAUAAUAAGAUGAGAAUGGUGAGUUACAUUAUGGACCCAACAGAACACAGUGGGUUCAAUAAUAAGAUGAGAAUGGUGAGUUCCAUUAUGGACCCAACAGAACACCAGUUCAAGCCGAUGAGAAUGGUUCCAUUGAAAGAGCUAGCUGAAUACUGGACUCAAGAGGUCAGAGGUCUUUUAAAUAACACUGCUUUGAUUAUAGCAGGUGGUAACACUUCACUGUAGUAAAGCCUUUAUAACAGUUAUAUAAGACAACAUCAGUUAAAUGCUGUUAUUACGGGUUAUAUCAGUGCUGACUGAAGGGGAGGUGUUUGUGUUUUCAUUUUUCUUUUUUUAGUCUAGCAGCAGAUUUGUGAAUAUUAGCCCUUACAACAAAAAUAACACAUUGCAGUUUUAAAACUGCAGUAAAAGUGUAGUAACUACAGUCGACUGUGUUGUUUUGGAAGCGGUGAUUGCAGAAUAACUGCAGUGUUCUGCACUCUAACUGCAGUUACACUGCAAAAUUACUGCAAUAAAAAAAAGGUGUUAUUUUGGAUGCAGUAUUUUGCAACGUACUGCAGUUAUACUGCAUUCUAACUAGGGUUAUACUACAGAUAUACUGCAUUCUAACUACGAUUAUACUACAGUGUACUGCACUUAUACUGCAUUCUAACUACGGUUAUACUACAGUGUACUGCAGAUAUACUGCAUUCUAACUACGGUUAUACUACAGCGUACUGCAGAUAUACUGCAUUCUAACUACGGUUAUACAACAGAUAUACUGCAUUCUAACUAUGGUUAUACUACAGUGUACUGCAGAUAUACUGCAUUCUAACUACGGUUAUACUACAGUGUACUGCAGAUAUACUGCAUUCUAACUACGGUUAUACUACAGCGUACUGCAGAUAUACUGCAUUCUAACUAUGGUUAUACUACAGUGUACUGCAGAUAUACUGCAUUCUAACUACGGUUAUACUACAGUGUACUGCAGUUAUACUGCAUUCUAACUACGGUUAUACUACAGUGUACUACAGAUAAACCUCAUUCUAACUACGGUUAUACUACAGUGUACUGCAGAUAUACUGCAUUCUAAAUAAUGUUAUACUACAGAUAUACUGCAUUCUAACUACAGUUAUACUACAGAUAUACUGCAUUCUAACUACGGUUAUACUACAGUGUACUGCAGAUAUACUGCAUUCUAACUACGGUUAUACUACAGUGUACUGUAGAUAUACUGCAUUCUAACUACGGUUAUACUACAGUUUACUGCAGAUAUACUGCAUUCUAACUACGGUUAUACUACCAUUAUACUGCAUUCUAACUACGGUUAUACGACAGUUAUACUGCAUUCUAACUACGGUUAUACUACAGUGUACUGCAGAUAUACUGCAUUCUAACUACGGUUAUACUACAGUGUACUGCAGAUAUACUGCAUUCUAACUGCAGUUAUACUACAGUGAACUGCAGUUAUACUGCAUUUUAACUACGGUUAUACUACGGUGUACUGCAGAUAUACUGCAUUCUAACUACGGUUAUACUACAGAUAUACUGCAUUCUAACUACGGUUAUACUACAGUGUACUGCAGUUAUACUACAUUUUAACGACAGUUUACUGCCACUAUACUGCCUUAUAACUACAGUUAUACUAGUGUACUGCAGUUAUACUGCCUUAUAACUACAGUUAUACUAGUGUACUGCAGCUAUACUGCCUUAUAACUACAGUUAUACUAGUGUACUGCAGCUAUACUGCCUUAUAACUACAGUUAUACUAGUGUACUGCAGUUAUACUGCACUCUGACUGCAGUCUUUUUUUGUAAGGGACCUUUUUCUCGAAUGAUCAGAAAUACGAUCAAUUUGAAGAAAACAUCAGAGGUGAAAACUGUGGCUGCUGAUUUCUGGGCUGAACUGACAAGAUACAUUUCAUGUGUACAAGAAGAAGUGCAUUUGACUGGGUCACCUACCGUAUGCACGACUUGGUUCAUACAGUCUGUGUAUCUCAUGAUGGUUUUUAUAGAAACAGAUUCAUCACAAAAUGUCCAUUUGAAAUAGACAAAUGUAUUGAGACAUCUGUGUUCAUGCAUAUCAUUCAGGUAGUUUUGCUGUGCUUUGUGCUACUACUACCGGAUCAAUAAACAUACUGAGAAUAA